AUGUGCAUCGCGGCAUCGUUGGAUAAGCUUGCAAUACGCGGCAUCCGGUCGUUUGACGACAAACGCAUGGAGGUCAUCCAGUUUUUUACACCUGUCACGGUCAUAGUUGGUCAAAACGGUAGUGGAAAGACGACCAUCAUUGAAUGCUUAAAGUACGCAACAACCGGAGACCAGCCACCCAAUACGCGUGGAGGCGCAUUUGUUCAUGAUCCAAAGAUGGCUGCUGAGAAAGAAGUCAAGGCUCAAGUAAGGCUUCGCUUCAAGGCCGCCAAUGGGAAUACCAUGAUGGUCACAAGGAAUCUCUCCGUGACACAGAAGAAGACUACUGGCAUGACAAUGAAGACUUUAGAAGCUGUUCUCACUGCGCUACCAAAGGAAGGGGAACCUGAAGGCAAACGCCACACAAUCUCUACUAGGUGCGCCGACAUGGAUGCAGAAAUACCAAACCUCCUCGGCGUCUCAAAGGCUGUCCUCGAUAAUGUCAUUUUUUGUCACCAAGAAGACUCUUAUUGGCCAUUAUCGGAACCUUCAAUCUUGAAGAAGAAGUUUGAUGAAAUCUUCGAGGCCUCCAAAUAUACCAAAGCUUUGGACGCAAUCAGAGCUAUCCGGAAAGACCGAGUCGUGGAGCUAAAGUUGGAUAACGAGCGACUCCAGGCAGCUGCUCGCGAGAAGACUCACGCUGAUAAACUGCGUAACCGCAUCGCUGAUCUCAACGCGACUGUCACUGCCAAAGAUUCGGAAUACAACGAAGUUCAUGACAAAGCUAGUGCGCUCGCGCAUCAAAACAAGGAGUUUUACGAGAGGGCAACCCAAUUUCGGGAGAUAUAUCGCGAAUACGAAGCCGCCCAGGAGAAGAGAGCCUACUUGGAGAAAACCCUGAAAGAGAUCAACGAAAAUCUCGAAAAGCUGGAUGGCACGGACGCAGAGCUUGAAGAGCGUCGAGCCAACUUUGAUCAAGAGGUUCAAGUCCGAAAAAUGACAUGCGACCGCAAGGCCAGAGAUCUGCGUGACGAAGAGGAACGCCUCAAGGACGACAGCUCCAAGCCGAAAACAGGCUUACAAUCGAAAUUUACGCGAAGAGAUAACUUUGUUCGAGAGCUUAGCGGGAAAUAUGGUAUCAAGGGGUUCGACAGCGAUUCAUUGGACCAGCGCCAGUGGUUAGACUUUCGCACCCGUAUGGACGAUCUCCAUCGCCGCACUCUGUCUCAAUUCGAGGCUAUGCAGGCUGAGGGUCGUGUCAAGGACAACGAAUAUAAUGAAAACAUCCGAAAGCUCCAAGCCGACAUUGCUAAAAUCCAAGCGGAACGCGAUAGUAUGGCGAAACUAGUGAAUGAACGCCAGCACGCCGUCAAGGAUGCCGAAGCACAAAUUGAUUCUAUUCAAACCAAGAAUUCCGAAUUCAAAGGGGUCACAGGCGAGAUUGAGCAGAAGAUGAAGAGAAUCCAGACUCUCCAGGAGGAAUUAGAUGCUAGUAAUUACGACGCGCAACUCGAGCAAAAGUCGGCUGCCAUUCAUGAUCUCAACCGUCAUUACGACCGCCUCAAUGACGAACUGGCAUCAAGCACCCUGCAGAUGGAGAACCGAACUACACUAUCCUUGCGUAGAGACGAGGCUCAGAAGUAUGAACUGGAGAUUCAAACAAUCUUCGAAUCCAUUUCAGGUCGCUUCCACCAGGCUGUGGGACGAAAGCCUCAGGUUGAAAGUAUAGAGAGAGAUAUUGAUAGGUCUAUCUCGGAAAAGGAACGCGAGAUCAAGGACUUAGAGGUGGAAGUAAACGGAUCCAGUCGCAGAGUUGCUCAGAUCGAAAGCACGAUCUCAACUCUGAAGAGUCGUCAGAAACAGCUCGAGGAUGAAGCUAAGACUUUGGAUAAGAAGCUUACAUCUAUACGGGGUGAACAUCCAUCAGUGAAUGCGGGGCUAAUUGAUGCCCAGGAACAGCUCAACCUGUGUCAAGAUGAGAUAGCCAAGCAUAUAGAUUCAUCUCGGUGGUACAAUGAAAUUCUCAAGGCUGGUCGAACUCGCAAGCUUUGUACCAGUUGCAACCGUCCCAUAACAGAUGACGAGAUGGCAGCAUUUGAACAGCACGUUUCAAAUCUUCUGAAGAAGGACUCAUCCGCCAAACGGGCCGAGUUGGAAGACGAGCUCACACAGUGGCAAGCCGAACUCUCGCGUAUGCAACUCGCCUUGCCACUUGAAGUCAAUUGGGAGAAGAUGAAGAAGACUGAAAUCCCGAAGCUGAUUCAAGAGCAUACAAAAUUGCAGGAAACCCUCAAUGAUGCCAUCCUCGAGGCAACAGCCUGCACAGAGAAGCUUGACACGGCUAAGCUCAGUCUUAAAACACUCCAGUCGCUCAAGCAGCAAGUCAACAAUAUUGUCGGCGCUACGCAACGACGCGACAUAGCCUUACAGCAAGUGAAAAACCUUGAGGAGACGCUUCGAGCUGGAGCGACCAUGAAGUCUUUGGAUGAGAUUCAAGCAGAAUUAUCCACGAUCCAGUCAAAGAGGCAAGGCAUCGAAAGGGAGAGACAAAUGCUGCAAAGUGAUCGUGAACGUCACAGUAGCUCAAUCAGGAUUCUACAGACGGAGCUGUAUCAGCUUCAAAUACGAGAAAGGGAGCUUAGAACGGAGAUCCAAGAAGGAAAACGUCUUGAGGAGCUGACUGCCACUUAUACUGAAGAAAUCAAGAAAUCCAGGAUGAAGAUCAAGGACUUGGAUGCGCAACUUGCUCGUGCAAAUGAGCCAGUUGAUGCGCUUGUGCGGGAACAAGAGAAGCAUCACUCCCUUCACAAAGCUCGCGUCAACGAGGCACAAGAAGCCAUUCAAGCAAUCAAGUCAGAUUUAGACAGACUUGACCUGGCGGCUGGCACAAUUGAGGAAUACUUGAGGAACCAGGGUCCCCGCAAUCUCAAGCGGUGCCAAGAGGCCGUUGUCGAUCUUGAGGAAGCCAUUCGGACGGGUAUUCAAGACAUCGAGGCUCUACGCGCCGAAGUCGGCAGGCUGACCAAAGAAGUGGCUUCUUCCUCAUUAACGGCUUCAACAUUAAAAGACAACCUCCGCGCCAGGGCGCUUGCGCGAGAAAUUGCUCAGAUAGACGCCCGAACCGCAGCAUUGGACCUUGAAGAGGCGAGCCGGGCGCGUCAGCAAUUUGACGAAAAGUACAAUCGCGCGAAAGCGGCAGAAGACGAUGCGUAUCGACAGUCUCAACGCCUUGUUGGCGAGCUCACUUCCCUGCGCAAUCAAUUGACGGGUCUGGAGCGGGAUAUGCGAGAGUACAAGGAUGCCAGUAGGAAAUACACGGAACAGCUGAUCAAGACCAAGAUGGCAGACAUGGUUAACAACGACCUCGAAAAGUAUGCGAAGGCGCUCGACAGUGCCAUCAUGAAAUACCACUCAGUGAAGAUGGCUGAAGUCAAUGACACGAUGCGCUACCUGUGGAACCGUACCUACCAAGGCACCGAUAUCGACGGCAUCAAAAUCAUCUCUGAAGGAGAGGGUGGCGGGUCAGGGCGACGAAAUUACAACUACCGAGUCGUGAUGGUGAAGGACCAAGUGGAGAUGGAUAUGAGAGGACGCUGCUCAGCGGGUCAGAAAAUGCUCGCUUCGAUCAUUAUCCGUCUGGCUCUUUCGGAUAGCUUUGGAGCAAACUGCGGUGUCCUGGCUUUGGAUGAGCCGACGAAUGCACUCGAUGUUGACAACAUUGAGGCGCUAGCGCAGAGCUUGGUCGAUAUCAUUCGAGAACGACGCACGCAGGCUAAUUUCCAGCUCAUUAUCAUUACACACGACGAGAACUUUCUAAGGAAACUGGGAGAGGCGUCUGUGAUUGACUAUUAUUGGUUUAUUCUCAGCAACACCAAGGAGCUCCAUGAAGAAAUUGAUAGUUUACGCAAGCGCGUUCGAGAGCUUGAGACCGCACUCAGCGAGCUGCAAUCCCAAGUCACGCCCGAACCUCAUCCCCUACUCCAGCAAUCACUCAAGCUCGUUUCCGAGAAGCUCGCUCCAGUUGAUUCUGCAGUCAAGGUUGAGCCGGAGGAUGAGAGCCUCAUCGACACGUUUGGAACCUUGACACUGGAAGCCAAUGGCCAGACGGUAUGGUAUGGCCCACAUGCCGGUUCCGAGUUCUUCAUCCCCAGGGGUGACCCUUUGCCAUCAUCUAUUGAGGCGCCUAGCCCCCUUCCGGUCGAUCUCAUGAUUUUAAGCAAAACCUUCCCAUUCAAGACCGUUACUCAGAUCGAGGCCGAGGAGAUUAUUAGGAAGGAGAUUCGAUCUCAUCUGCCUGCCGAGAACGUCGCCUACGAUUCGUGCUACACUUAUCAUUCAAGGCUGGCUUGGUCUACACUUCCAAACAUCUGGGACGAGUUCCUCGAGACGGUGUUCCGACCAGUCUACACUGUCGGAGGCUCUCCUGAUGAUCAACAAGUCGGAUUGCUCUUCCUAGUUAUGGCUAUAUCAGUCAUUAUGGAUCCAAAGCAGCCCCUCAAUCAUCCAGACGCGUCUCGCUUCUAUCAUCUGUCAAAGAUCUCCAUGGGCUUGGGCGAGGAUAUAUUCCAGUCAAGGUCACUGUUAACGAUACAGUAUCUUCAAUUAUUGGCUGUGUUCUAUGGUGUUCAAGGGGAUCCUAGCGGUCCGAACAAGAGCUGGUUAGCAACGAGCAUAGCUAUUCGACUCGCGCAAAUGGCGGGGCUUCAUCGAGAUAAUCCUCAAUGGCGUUUGAAUCCCGCAGAAGCCGAGAAGCGACGUAGGACCUGGUGGGAGCUCAUCUCAUUUGAGACUGCUCAAGCUUUUGCAAUGGGGCGUCCGCGGGCAAUUAACGUCGCACACUUUGACGCAAAGAUGCCGCAUGAUCCAGAGGAUGAUGGAAAGAGACCAUCAUUCAAUCGAAUUAAGUUUCGCUGGAUCGCUACCGGGUUGGGGACUAUUUUGGAUGAAGCAUUCGCCGUCAAGCCACCAUCCUACGCCAGAAUACUCAAAAUUGACAAGGAAAUACGCGAUUGGCCGCUAGAUAGCGUUCCGGCUGUGGACGAUCUUCAGAUGCAGCUUCCAGAGGAAACCAAUCGCAAGUUUAUGGUCAUCCUCAUGCGUUCCUUUGCUACGACCGGUCUACGUGAAAUCGUGUUGAUGUAUAUGCAUCGGCGAUACUUCGUCGAGGCGUUGAGUCGCUUCCCAAACGAGCCUUUGCGCAGCAAAUAUGCAAUGAGCGUUCUUGCUGUGCAUCGCAGCGCAGUCUUGCUGUUGCAGGGCAUCCAACGGUUGGACAGCUUAAUUGGACAAUUCCUGCCAAGGAUAUUCUUCAUAUGGCUUCAUGGCUUAUCUGCUUAUGUAUAUGCCUCUGUGCUUUGGUUAUCAAGAGCCCAGGAUGUUCCCUUGCCAAGUCGUGUAUCGUGGAGAUUGACCGAACGAAGGACCUCUUCGCUCGCGUCACCUCCUACCGACUGGCACACGCACAAGCAAGUCGAGCCAAUUAUCAGUAAACUAUACGAUCAAGCCCACUUGGCGAUGGCAAUGCGCAAUGAAGGCAAAUGGCCCGUCGAUGCCAGGGAUUGCUCAAGUGCAGAUGGUGAUGUGGAUGUGAUGCGCUUUGCAGGUCGUCCAGGAUUCAUAUCAAGAACGGAGCCAGGCAGGGAACGAGAGUCACAAGAUAACACGUCUGCCAACACCCCGAUACCGCGAUUCCAAGGUGAAUCAGACUCUGAAGAUGGAGAUGCGAGCUCCAGGGCGGGGUCAUCUCACCUGCUGGGCUUCCCUCCCGAGCAAACCAUGUUCCCGCCGUUGAUGGGAGGUGAUCUCACAUGUGAUAUCCAGCCGAAUGGACCCUUGACCCCCAACGACAUGUUCCCGUCUCUCCACCGUCCACCUUCGACGACAUCUAGUUCAAAUAUGGUCAACUCGGCUACGCCGAGCUUUGGACAAUUCUCGCCAGAAAAAUCGGGCAUGUUCGAGUGGCUAGGGGGGGCUGCUGCGCCGUUCCAAGGCCAAAUUGAUCCUACCACUCUUGCAUCGGCGCCAUCGUUGCCGUACUUCAAUAUGCCCUAUGGGUUUGAUGGUAUGGCGCAGUUUGAUGGCACAGCGCAGACUACCUCAGACGAGGCAUGGGAGGCUUUUCUAACCGGACUACAAGUCGUACCUACUUCCAACGUACAGUUUUAG